ACGGGCACGGCUUCCCGUUCCCGAGCCCCGACUGACACCGCCACGAACGAACCUGGAAGCUAGUGUUUUUAAACUCGGACCCCUCCGCUUCGUCGUCUCCAUCGCCGCUGGGUGAGCUCUCCACGCCGGCCGCCGUCCUCCUCUAUCCUCCGUUGGGCUGCGUAGCGAGCCACGCCCGGUGCUGCGGUGGAGAUGAUGCUGAGCGGGCACGGCGGCGGGAGGCGCCUGUUCACGGCGUCGCAGUGGCAGGAGCUGGAGCACCAGGCGCUCAUCUACAAGUACAUGGCGUCCGGCGCGCCCGUGCCGCACGACCUCGUCCUGCCGCUCCGCCUCGCCACCGGCGUCGACACGGCCCCGUCCCUCGCCUUCCCGCCCCAGACCUCGCCGUCCCUGGGGUACUGGGGCUGCUACGGCGCGGGCGCGCCGUUCGGGCGCAAGGCGGAGGACCCGGAGCCCGGGCGGUGCCGGCGGACGGACGGCAAGAAGUGGCGCUGCUCCAGGGAGGCCCACGGCGACUCCAAGUACUGCGAGAAGCACAUCCACCGCGGCAAGAGCCGUUCAAGAAAGCCUGUGGAAGCGGUGGCAUCCUCCGCCACCGCCGGCUACCGCCCGUCCGCGCUCUCCAUCUCGCCGCCCCGCGCGCCCGACGCCGCGCCCGGCUUCGGCCACCACCAGCAGCAACCCCAUCACGGCGCCUCCUCCGCUCGCGCCCCCGCGCACCAGGCCGCCGCCGGGGCCCCUCUCCAGCUCCACCUCGACGCCAGCCUCCACGCGGCGUCGCCGCCGCCGUCCUACCACAGGUACGCCCACGCUCACUACGCGCCGCCGCCGCCCUUCCCGGGCGGCUACGGCCACGCGCAGGCCAAGGAGCUUCAGGACGCGGAGCUCAGGCGGCGGCACUACCUCGCGCUCGGGGCCGACCUGAGCCUCGACAAGCCGCCUGCCGCCGCAGCCGGCGGCCAGGACGCCGCCGCUGGCGCUGAGAAGCCGCUGCGGCUCUUCUUCGACGAGUGGCCGCGGGAGGGCGGCGACGCGAGGCCGUGGACGGUGGGGGCGGAGGACGCGACGCAGCUCUCCAUCUCCAUCCCCGCGGCUUCCCCCUCCGACCUCGCCGCCGCCGCCGCUCGAUACCACAACGGGGAGUGACGAUGCAUUCCAUAGCUUCAAAGCCUGCACCAAAAACAGCGAGGAGUGUCCGGUGCAUGCCGCCGCCUCUGCGUGUUCCCGUGCUCAGCAGCAUGGAGAAGGGCAUGCAGCGCAGCUCGGUCUGAAUCUGAAGCCUGAACCAAGUCAAGUUGUACCAGGAGUCUAGCUAGCCCUAUGUUUUGAUCAUCCUUGUUCUUUCACUUGUCUGUUGUCUGUAGUAUCAGAUGUUAGUUUGUUGUUGUCUGUGUAACAUUUUCGUUUCAAGAGGCCAAGAGCUCAAGUGCCGUGAGAGGUUGCUUCUA